AUGGAGGAAACAUCUCUACUGUGGCUGAUCUGUAAGUACACGACUGGUUUUACUCUGCGCAGCAGAUCUCAGUUCUUUAAACUAGACUCUGUGUCUCUGAGCUGUGAGGAGGACAACAGCUCUGCUGGAUGGACUGUGAGGAGGAACACAACCAGAAGAACCAGGACUCAGUGUGGAGAUGGAUGGGGGAAACCAGCUGGUUCUACCUGUACCAUCAGCAGCCUCUACAAACAUGACAGUGGGGUUUACUGGUGUGAGUCCAGAGAGGGAGCAGCCAGCAGCAGCAUCCAGCUCACUGUCACUGGUGGAUCAGUGAUCCUGCAGAGUCCUGUCCUCCCUGUGAUGGAGGGAGAUGACGUCACUCUGAGCUGUCACACAAAGACCGCUCCCUCCAACCUCCCAGCUGCUUUCUAUAAAGAUGGCUCCUUCAUCAGGACUGAGCCUGCAGGUCACAUGACCCUCCACCAUGUGACCAGCUCUGAUGAAGGCCUCUACAGGUGUAGCAUAAGUGGUCAUGGAGAGUCUCCAUCCAGCAGGAUCUCUGUCUCAGCUCCACCCACCAGUGAAGCUACACCUUCUACCUCAGCCUCCCUCCAGGUCAGGCUGGUCUGCCACCUGGUGGUCUUCUGUCCGUACUUCAUCUCCACUCUCCUCCUGGUGUCUCUAUAUCAGCACAAAGUCUCAGGAAGUGAUGUGCCAGUGUCUCCGGCAAUGACUCCACCCAUCCAGGCUGAGCAGAGAUUGAAUGAUGUUUGUGAUGAAGGGACAGAGCAUUAUAUCUGAAUAAAACAAAUUAUUUUCUGAUUGAAUAAAUAUGGUGGUAUGAACUGAGAAAUCACAGUUUGCUGAAGCUCUUGGAUUUUUUAACCAGCUCUGC